AUGUCCGGCCGAAAGCUGGGAGGCGGCCGCGUCCUGGGCAGCGGCAAAGGUCUGGCGCCGCCCACAGCCUCCGCCGUCCGCCAGCGUGCCUCGAGCCCCUUCGCGCCCUCGGAGAGCACCGUUUCCAUCACAUCGGCGUCCACCUCGCCGCCUGUUUCCAGCCCCGCUCCCGACUUUGCCGCACAGGACCUGACGUCCAACAUCAGCCUUGGCGGGCCUUCAAAAUCGGGGGACAAUAGCUCCAAGCUGAUGACAUUGCUGCAGCUGAAUCGACACAUCGACGACGCACACCAGGAGCUGGCCGAGGUCGAGCAGGAUGAAGUCAGAACAUGGUUCGACAAGCAGGUCACCAAGGCGAAGCGAUUUCAGCCUCUAUCCAUCAUCAACCAAAAGCUGCGCGGCCUCGAGGUCUUCGAAUCCAACGAAACCCUUCCCGUCUCUUCCGUCGCCGGCCCCCGGACGCAGGUUGAGCAGCCGAUCGAUCCCGAUGAGCUCAUUACAAGAUCGCAUUGGCAGCGCCAGACCAUGAACGACCGUUGCACCGACCCGCUUUGUGGCAAGAACCUUGGAGCCGUCAACGGGAGCAUCAACUGCCGACACUGCGGACGCUUAUUUUGCGAAGAACACACAAUGUAUCAGAUGAAGCUCUCGAGAGCUGCAAAGCACGAACCCGUGCGAGGGUACUGGGCAAGAGUUUGUGAGACUUGCUACAAGUCGCGCGAGGGAUACAACGACCACAACGGCCUUCUCAUCGACCACACAAGCGCAUUCACGGAACUCCGGCGGAAGAGAGUCGAGAGGCAGAACUUGGAGGUCGCCAGGCUGGAAAAACGGCUGACAAAGCUAACGACAUUGCUCGCCAAUCCGCCAGAAGAAGUGGCCACAAACAACGGCGCGUUAUCGGUGGCCAGCUUGACAGGGCAGAGGAACCCAAGAAAGUUGCUUGAACAAACAGUGGUGACCUGGGAGGAUGAUGCGUCGGUGCCGAGUUGUCCAUUCUGUCAACAGGAUUUCGGGUCGUGGACAUUCAGGAGGCACCACUGCCGGAUUUGCGGCCGGGUUGUUUGCGCUGAUCCCCAGACAGGCUGCUCAACACUGGUCGGGCUGAACGUGGCAAGUCAUUUGAAAUCUGCCACAGAAAAGCUAUCAGCCGCUACCGAUCAGCUCAGCAUCGAUGUCCGCAUGUGUCGCGACUGCAACCACACCAUCUUCUCGAAACGCGACUUUGAUGCAGCCCUGGCGUCCAAACCGCCCGAUCAACGCGCUUACGAGACUCUUCGGCAGUUCGAGCGCGGCAUUCGUCAGAUCAUGCCCAUCUUCCAACGGACACUUCUCGCACUGCAACCCGAAGGAAGCAACGCCUCAGGCGAACACCCGCCCCCGACACACGCGCAGAUCCAGGAAGCCUCCAAGAUCCGCAAGCGUCUCACCGACGCGUUUACGAAAUAUGACACGGCCGCACGCCGCCUUCGCGACCUCAAAACAACCUCCAAGAUGCAGCUUCGGCUCCAAAACGCAAUCUACGCCGCGGCGUCGGCCUUUUUGCACACGCACAUGCUCACCCUGAAAUCAGUCCCGCAGAUCCUUCGCUCUCGCUCCUCCCAGAGCUCGCAGUCUCGCCUCUUGACACUGCAGCAACAGAAUCUGAACGGAUCAUCGUCGUCGCUGAGCCAGCUCUCCUCUUCCUCGCCGUUGCGCAACGGGGAGGCCGUCGACAUGUCGGAGACGGGCAGUCAGGCCGGCAGCGAGGCGAGCACGCAGGUCUCGGCCCUCGAAACGGAAGAGAAGGAUCUGCGCGAGAGGCUGGUCGUGCUCGAGGAGCAGCGGUUCAUGGUCAAGGAGAUGAUCGACAAUGCCAGGGGAUCGAGGCGGUUCGAGGAGGUCAGCGCCCUGACGCGCAACAUUGAGGAGUUGGAUUCGGAGAUUGAGGACGUGAGGAGCCGGGUUGGAGAUGUGGAGGAGAGGUGGCAAGGGCUUUAUGCUGGUGGCAUUGCUGCCUGA